UUUAAAAGAAUUAAUGAAAUUGUGUUUUCUUUAUUAGAAUAAAUAAUGAUUACUCAAGAGUUGUAUUUGCAUGAGCAGUUGAGUUGGCAAGCCUGAGUUUGUUUUGGCUCUGAGGAGCUGCUGUAGUGUUAAGCUUAGCACUAAAUAGGCUUUGCUUGUGUUCACUGGUAACUGCGACAGGAAGCUCCACUUGGUUUAGCCAGGAGUAAUACUCAGCAAAAAUGAAGCAGCUUCAGCUUAACCGAGUUUUGGUUAAGGUGAUGAUGCUGUUUGGGUAAUGAAAUGCUGUGGGAAUACAUAAAACUCAGGAGGGAGUAAUGCUCUUAAGAGCUGUAUCUACUGAAUUGGCAGGAGCUGAGCCAAGGGUGCCCCUCAGGUAUGCUGAGUCAUCUGCUUAAACUGUGACAUGACUUAGUGUGGACUGCUGCUGGGAGAGAGCAGUGCCAACUGGGUGGUGAUGAAACAGCAUGUGAUGUGUCCAUGCAAGAGCGUGCUGGGUCCAAAUAACAUGUUUGUGAGAGAAUUUGGGGUGUGCUUGGAACCUGCGCUGAAGGACUCCCUCAGAGUGCACUGAAUUCAAACUGAAAGCAGGGGAGUUUUCCUGUGUGUCAUUGUGGGGGAAACUCGAUGCCGGUGUUGGUACAAACUGUUCUGCAUUUUACCAGCAUCUUUUUGUCAGGAGUUGAAUCUGCAGAGAACACGUGGAAGACUCUGGUUGCCACAGACAUAACACAGCUUGGGCAUGAGGCUACAUCAGCCUCUGCAUUGUAGUCCGGCAGAGUGAGGAUUGAGGGGUUGUUCCAGUGGUUUAUGGAAUAGUUGUGGCUUUCUCUAAAGCACUGGCAGGGUCCCAGAGGAGACGGGUCACCGAUCUGAUUACGGCGUGACAUUUCCAGUCUGGGUUGUAGGAUGGAAUUUCAAGGAUUUUUUUGGGGCUGGGAGGCCCAGAAGAGAGGAGAAAUUUUUCCAGGUGGUUCUAGAUGUGGAUAAAACAGCUUAUUCAGGGGUAAACAGGAGGAUGAGACUUACAUACAGGUUAUGUUUCACACUAUGUGCAGACUGUCUGUACUUACAGAAGAUAUUUAAAACCAAACAGACUUUUUUGCAAAAUUUUGAUUCCAGUGGAAUCUGUGCUUUAGAUUUUUGUCUUGUCAAUUAACUCCUGAAGCAAUGCCUGUACAAGCUCCACAAUGGACGGAUUUUCUCUCCUGCCCGAUUUGCACACAGACUUUUGACGAAACGAUCCGCAAGCCCAUCAGCUUGGGCUGCGGCCACACUGUCUGCAAGAUGUGCCUCAACAAGCUCCACCGUAAGGCAUGUCCCUUUGACCAGACCACUAUCAACACAGACAUCGAACUCCUUCCUGUGAACUCCGCCUUGCUGCAACUUGUGGGUGCUCAGGUUCCUGAGCAGCAGCCGAUUACUUUAUGCAGUGGAGCUGAAGAUACCAAGCAUUAUGAGGAGGGCAAGAAAUGUGUGGAAGAACUGGCAUUGUACCUCAAACCACUCAGCAGUGCAAGAGGUGUGGGUCUCAACAGUACUACUCAGAGCGUGCUGAGUCGUCCCAUGCAGAGGAAGCUUGUGACAUUAGUCCAUUGCCAGCUGGUGGAGGAGGAAGGGCGGAUCAGAGCCAUGCGUGCAGCACGCUCGCUGGGUGAAAGAACAGUCACAGAGCUCAUCCUCCAGCACCAAAACCCUCAGCAGCUCUCCUCCAACCUCUGGGCUGCAGUGAGAGCCAGAGGAUGCCAGUUCCUUGGGCCAGCAAUGCAAGAGGAGGCUCUAAAGCUGGUUCUGCUGGCUUUGGAAGAUGGAUCUGCUCUGUCACGAAAGGUCUUGGUUCUCUUUGUGGUGCAGAGACUAGAGCCGCGAUUCCCUCAGGCUUCCAAGACUAGCAUCGGGCAUGUUGUCCAGCUCCUUUACAGAGCCUCAUGCUUCAAGGUGACCAAGCGAGAUGAGGAUUCCUCCCUGAUGCAGCUGAAGGAGGAGUUUCGGACGUACGAAGCUCUGAGAAGGGAGCACGACUCACAGAUAGUUCAAAUAGCUAUGGAAGCGGGUUUGCGCAUUGCACCAGACCAGUGGUCCUCGCUCUUGUACGGAGACCAGUCUCACAAAUCCCAUAUGCAGAGUAUCAUUGACAAGUUGCAGACCCCGGCCUCGUUUGCACAGAGCGUUCAGGAAUUAACUAUUGCUCUUCAGAGGACUGGAGAUCCAGCUAACUUGAAUCGUCUUAGACCUCACCUAGAGCUCCUAGCAAAUAUUGAUCCUAGUCCAGAUGCUCCAUCUCCAACAUGGGAACAACUGGAAAAUGGACUAGUUGCUGUGAGAACUGUGGUUCAUGGCUUAGUUGAUUAUAUCCAGAAUCACAGCAAAAAAGGAACAGAUCAACAACAGCCCCCUCAGCACAGCAAGUACAAGACAUACAUGUGCCGAGACAUGAAGCAGAGAGGAGGAUGUCCCCGGGGGGCCAGCUGCACCUUUGCACACUCACAGGAGGAGCUGGAAAAAUUCCGUAAAAUGAACAAGCGUCUCGUUCCCAGAAGACCCCUUAGUGCUUCCCUGGGCCAGCUGAAUGAGGUGGGCCUGCCUUCAGGAGCUAUCCUCUCAGAGGAAGGGGGAGUGGACUUGCCCAAUAGGAAAACUUCUGCUCUGCCAAAUGGAAUUGUGUCAACAGGCAGCACAGUGACACAACUGAUUUCUCGAGGGACUGACUCCGGUUAUGAAAGUGCCCUGAAGCCUGGGAAGAUGGACCAUCUGAGUAGCAGUGCCCCUGGAUCCCCUCCUGACUUGCUGGAAUCUGUUCCCAAGAGCUCUAUUUCUGCCUUGCCAGUGAACCCUCAUCCCGUGCCUGCUCGGGUGCCAGCAGAUCUGCCCUCGGUGUCUGUCACCAAGCAGUUGCAGAUGGUACCCCGAGGGUCUCAGCUGUACAGUGCACAACAAGCAGAUAUGUUUUAUCAAGACCCCAGGGGGGCUGCCCCAUCGUUUGAGCCAGCGCCCUACCAACAAGGAGUGUACUAUCCCACUCAGUCCAUGUCUCGCUUUGUCCGACCUCCUCCAUCAGCCCCCGAGGCGGGUACGCCGUACCUGGAGCACUACGGGCCGUACCUGCCGGAGCGCGUGGUGAGCCCGCAGUACCCGCAGCCGCAGGGCUACCCGGCGCUGGCGCAGCCCAUGUACCCGCCGCACUACGACGGCCGCCGCGUCUACCCGCCCGUGCAGCCCUACCAGCGGGACGACGUGGUGCGGGGCAGCCCGGUGCCCAUCGACAUCCCGCAGGCGGCCGUGCCCCUCUACGUACCUGAGGCCAGAGACAGAUACCAGCAAACAGAGCCUUAUUGCCCGGUGGCUCCGCAUCUUGGGCAGAUCAGACCUUCGUGCCACAGGCCUCAUCCCAGCCUGGAUGAACUUCACCGACGCAGGAAAGAGAUCAUGGCCCAGCUGGAAGAGAGGAAGGUGAUUUCUCCACCUCCUUUUGCACCAUCACCAACCUUGCCUCAUCCUUUUCACUCAGAGGAGAUUUUUGUUUUUGUACAGUACUUGGAUGAAGACCUGAAGGUAGCUGGGAAAUACAAAGGAAAUGACUACAGCCAGUACUCUCCGUGGUCCUGUGACACCAUCGGCUCCUACAUUGGAACCAAAGAUGCAAAACCCAAAGAUGUUGUGGCAGCAAGGAGUGUGGAGAUGGCGAAUGUGGACAGUAAAGCCAUGCGUGAGCAGCGACUGGACAUGCAGCGACGAGCGGCCGAGACGGGGGACGAUGACCUCAUUCCAUUUGGAGACCGACCAACUGUGUCAAGAUUUGGGGCCAUCUCCCGUACUUCCAAAGCCAUGUACCAGAACUCUGGGCCCAUGCAGGCCAUGGCAGUUCAGGGAGCUGCCACCAAAUCCAUCAUUUCAGACUACAGUCCUUACGAAACCCACGGUGGCUGGGGAGGCUCUCCAUAUUCUCCUCAUCAAAAUAUACCUUCUCAGGGACGUUUCAAUGACAGGGAGAGGCUGUCCAUGGCGGAUGUGGCUGGUCAUGGGAAGCAGUUGCCCUCAGCUGAACGAGAGCAGCAGCUGCGCAUGGAACUGCAGCAAGUUGACCAUCAGAUCAGCCAGCAGACCCAAAUGAGGGGGCUGGAGGCUGUUAGUAACAGGCUGCUGUUGCAGAGAGAGGCGACUACCCUGGCAGGCCAACCACAGCCCCCACCCCCACCUCCCAAGUGGCCUGGGAUGAUCUCAAGUGAACAGCUGAGCUUGGAGCUACACCAGGUGGAAAGGGAAAUUGGGAAGAGAACCCGUGAGCUGAGCAUGGAGAGCCAGUCUUCACUGGAUAUGAAAAACAAGCUGGGCACCACUAAACAGACAGAAAAUGGACAAUUAGAACCACAAAACAAGGUUCCAGCUGAGGACCUUACACUGACAUUCAGCAGUGAUGUUCCAAAUGGAUCAGCUUUGACCCAAGAGAACAUUGGCCUCCUGUCAAACAACAUGGCAUCUCUCAGCCUGUCAGAGGACCCCGAGGGAGGAGGAGAUGGCCAUGACUCCCAGCGAGGGGGAGUGACACCCACAUCUGCUCCAUGAAGCGAGGCCAGCACACCCUGGGGUUCCUUCUGCUGGGGUGUCGGCAGUUUCCAUCUUGUGUUUUUUUCCAGGGAUGAUUGGAUAAACCCAGGAGCAGCAGUAGUAGCAGAGCAGCAGAUCCAGAGGCAAUGUGCACAAACACAACUACUAGAAACAAAUCCUGCACAUAGUUCACGUUAACGCAUUUUUUAAUUAAAAAAAUGAAAAUUAGCAGUAUCUGCAAGCAAUUCAAAUUAAAUUUGUUUUUGUUCUGUGAAUGAACUUUAUUUUAAUAACUUUGGACGCCUUGAAUCCCAGGGCUUAAAAAAAAAAGAUAUUAUAUAUAUAUACUCUGUUUGAUUAAUUGUAUGAUCUUAAUGAAGUAGGUUUUCUUUUAUUUUGGUAUUAUUACAUACCCAGUGCAUAAUUCCUUAUUUACCUUAUGACAACAAUUUGACCACUUCCUUGUAUGGUUUAAGGGUAAACAAGGAAUGAGGGUUGGAGAGUAGCUGUGAAUUGCAGUGUCAAAAGAUGUGCAGCAAACUUCAUCUUAAAACAGUUCCUCCCAUUGUGGCCAGGAACUGAACCUGAGCUUCUUGCUUAAAUUGCUGAAUUUAAACUACAAAUGACAGAGUCUUUGCAAAGGUGUGGUCCUUUUUAAAGGCUGGCGUUAUUUAAGGUCUGUGUAUGUUAGAAUCUGACACCUGAGUAUCAACCUGCAGUUUGUCAGGGCUGCAGUGAAUCCACCCUGGAUUCUUGUUUCAUGGGGGAAAAAUUGCACCAAAGGAACCACUGAAGGUGCAGCACAGAUCUUGCCAGAAGUAUCGAGAAGCAAAUUUUGCCUGAUAGAUCUAAUACUUCUCCAAGUAGAUGCUUUGUGGGCAUAAGCCAGAGAAGCUGUAAGUGUCUUUUGAUUAUUUUUUUUAGAAUAAAAUUUUGUUCUUGCUGCACAUUUUUUUACUUUUUUGGCAUAUGCUGAGGUAAGAUCCUGGAUAUGAAGACCUCUUGAGAGUGAUUUUUCAAGUGCUGCUCCCUCUCUACCUUCUUGGCCUGUGUCCUCAUUUUUUCUUCCUGGGUUAGACUACUAAGUGGGAAAGCACUGGUUAUGUAAUAAAUUACUGCAUUGCUUUGGUUGGGUAAAGCAAGAGUUAAUAAAUUUUCUUGGGUUUUAGUUUUUUUUUUCCUUAACCUUAACUCCUGCUGAGGUUAUAGCAACCUUGGGCUAAGCUUUGCAUUCAUCAUACUGUUAAAUAAAACAACAGGGGGGUGGGAGGGGAUACAGUCUCACUAUUGCCUACCAGUAGGAGAGUCCAAACAGAAGACUCUUUUGAGUAGCAAUUAUUUAAUUUGCCCAGUCAAGGCACCGCGUUUAUAUACUAUUUCACAUUGAAUUUGAUUAUGCCCUACAGACCUGGCUGGUCAAGGAUUUGAUACACAUAUUGGCUUGGGAUUCGAGCUUUCUUUUUUAUUUAAAUAAAAAUUUAUAUAUAAAUAUAUAUAUAUACAUAUAUACAUAGUUAUAUCUGUAUAUAUAUUGGGUAUGUUUUAAGAAUUUUUUCGCAUGAGCGCAGCUGUUGUGAUCAAAUGUCUGGGAGGUAGAAGCACUGAAUGAAAAUAAAAGCAUUUUUUAGCACACCCCCCCACA